ACCUCCUCUCCUCAUCCUCCAAACCCUCCAAUCUGUCAGCAGGAAGCUCACUUUCCCAGUUACAAGGCCAUUCUCAGCACACACUGACAACAUGCUGGGGACCCUCUGCACUCUCAUCACUGCUCUAACAUGUGUGAGCGGUGUGACGGUGGUGACACAGAAGCCUCCUGUUGUGGUGCUGAGGACAGGAGAGACAGCCACCAUGGACUGUAACCUGGGAACUGUUACUAACAGUGCUGCUCGCUGGUAUAAACAGAUUCCAGGAGGAGUUCCUCAGUUUGUACUGAGGUUUUAUCACGGCUCGAGCUCUCCACUCUAUGGUCCCGGUUUCUCAUCUACAAAGUUCACAUCGACUCAUCAGUCACAAUCAGAUUAUCGUUUGACAAUCAGCAAUGUGGAGGAGGGAGACUCAGCAGUCUAUUACUGUCAAACAUGGGACAACUCUGCUAAGGAGGAGAUUUGUAGUUGUUUGAUGAAUGUCCUUCAUGUGUUUUCAGGCUCCAGCCUCCCUCCUCCUGUCCUGACAGUCUUCCCUCCGUCCAGUGCUGAGCUCCAGUCCAACAAAGCCGCUCUGGUCUGUCUGUCCAGUCAGUCUGUGCCUUUUGCAGAUGUGAGCUGGUUGGCUGGUGGGAGUCCAGUGAGCAGCGGGAUCUCUACCAGCACCGCUGUUCAGCAAGCAGACCACACUUUCCAAAUCAGCAGCUAUCUGGCCAUCCAGACGUCAGACUGGAACAUGGAUAAAGUUUACACAUGUAAAGUGUCUUUGGGCUCCCAGACUUCAGAGAAAAACAUCCACAAGUCAGACUGUCCCACUGAAGAAUAGCAGAGGAGCAGAAUGACCAUUUCAAAGCUGCUUCUUUACUCUUUGUGCUGUUUGCUCAUUACAAGGUUCACAUGCUAGAAAAGAUGUGUGUGCAUGCUUGUAAUACAUGUUGUGACAGUUAGGUGGAGGUGUUGUAUCAGCUUUGCAACUGCUGCAUUUGUCAAGACUCAUUCAAUAAAAAAUAAA